UCCAAAUCUGACUGAUGAUCCUAAACCUGCCUGACUUUGCCCUGCUCCCCUACCCCGGGCGUUCCGGCAAGUAAUACUAGCCACGUUGACCCCUGGAUGGCACAAAUAUCUGCACAGACAGAUUCGGCCCUACCUGAAGAAUGGAAGGGCUGCCAACCGGCGAUGACGUCUUCGACGUGCGGCAGGUGAACCGAGGCGAGGCGACGCCCGUGGCGGCCUUUGUAGUCCGUGACGACGACGACAAGCUUCUCCCGACCGACAGGCAGAAGAUGGCGGAGGUUAGAAUUGGAGCAUGAUAAGAAAAAGUUCCCGCCUGGAGUCAUCGGGCUACUAUAGCAGUGACGGUGUGCCCGUCAUCUCGUACAAGGAGACGCCUUACAGGUAGGCAGGAAGCUUUGGACUCGGAUCCGCGCUCAUCCGCGCCUCCGCCGAGCCCCCAUGGACAGCGUGAAGACUAACGUCCAGCGGUCGGAAAGUCCCGUCGUAGAAGUUAGUCCGGCACCGGUGCGCAGAGGAGUGGCAGGGCUGCGCUUGGCGCGGAGUUACCUCCUCCCCCUUCUCAUUCUUGUAAUCUUGAUCUUGUGGGAGCUGGUAAUCCCGCAAAUGACGAACGGCAUGGCUUCCUCCGACUUGACCCGGCAGAUCUCCGGACGCAGCAACGAGCUGGUGGAGGAAUUUUACAAGAAGUUCAAUGAGCUGAAGGCUCGCCUCAACAGCUACGAGGAGCUGAUUCGCAAAGACAACAAGGCGCCUCUGUGGGCCAACGUUCCUAACUACGCUCUGGAGUCGGCCGGCGCCAGCGUGGUGUGCAGCUCAUCGUCGGUGCCAUACAACGUCAAGACCAAACCCAACCCCAUAUUGGGCCUCGGGUGGUUAACAGGCCGUUCCGGCAGGGCCGUCCGGGCGCGAGUGGUCAUCGAGGGAAAGUCGGAGCUGCAACCGGGUAACUGCUGGGCCUUCGCCGGCCAGCAGGGCAACCUGACGGUGGCCCUCUCGCAUCCGGUGGUGGUGACCAGCGUGACGCUAGGACACAUCACCAAGAGCAUUUCGCCCACCGGCGACAUCCCGCACGCGCCUAAGGAGUUCUCGGUUUACGGGAUGGAGUCGCCCGACUCGCCGGGAAUAAAAUUGGGAAGCUUCAAGUACAACCGUAACGGUGCCUCCUUCCAGAACUUCCGUGUGUCGCAGUUACGUGAACCUAUGCGUGGAGAGCAACUGGGGAGACCCCACGUACACGUGCUUGUACAGUUUCAAGGUGCACGGACGGCUGGCGUCCUGACGACCGCAGACAACGCACGGCGACGGACGCCCAUUCGCCCGCCAUGUCGGUGGGCAGAGCUUCCCAUUACGCACUGGCACUUUGAAAAGUCACCUUUCAUGAAGAUGACGGACUUAACACGUGCAAUACUGUGUAUUCAUAGUUUUAUAGUUGUUGUACUGUAAUUCAAUGUCCGAUUUUUUAAAUCAUCAUGAGAAAAUACGUGAGAAUAUAGUUGAUGUAAGACGGACCCAUCUUAGUGGCUGCUCGCCGUUUCAGCGCUAUUGACGGUGAUGGAUGUCCAAUUCCUUUUUUAACUGGCACCCAAUGAUGGAGCAACUUUAUCCAGGUGUCAAUACAUUUUAUGUAUUUUCGAUUUUAUUGUAAAUGUAAAUAUUCACGUUUUGAAUUGUUUUAACGAAAAUACAGCAAAGUCUUUUUAUUUGUCAUAUUUUUUUAAUCAUCUUUUUUUAUUUACAUUUAAAAAAAAUAAAAGGGGAAAAAAUUACCUUUUUUUUUUUUUACAUUUAAUAAAAAACAAAAAAGGGAAAAAAUAUAUUCACAUUUUUCAUCUUUAAUUUUUGUUUUAUAAAAAUAAAACCAAAGAUAAAAAGUGAAUAUUCUAUUAUUAAUUAAAAAUGUGUGUGAUUAAAAAAAGGAACAUACAGUAAAUUCUUUUUAUAUUGAUCAUUUUUUUAAUUGCUAAAACGAUUGUUGCCAACCCUCCCAUAAAAAAUGGAUUGGACGUCCAGCACUCGAUGGCAGCUAAUGAGUUAACAAAAAAAAAAAAAAGAUAUUUUUUAAGUUAAAAAAAUAAAGUGUGUAAUUACUGUUUUCUUAAAAAAAAAAAACAUUUUUUUAAUGAAAAACAAUUUUCUGUAUUUUCAUUUUAUAAUAAAUGUACAUUUCACUUCACUAAAAUGGACUUUUUCCAAUUUACAAAAAAAAAAAUCCAAAUAAAUGUACCAAAUUGGUGAGUGACUCAAUCUCACAAGAAGUUUGUUUUUAGCGUGAUGCUAGGUGAUGACUUGGAGGUGGAGCUAGGGGCGGCGCUAGUUUUAGCGCUCUCCUGGCUUCCCUUGAGAGCAGCUUCCAGGCGGGCCUUCAGGGGAGGAGACGUCGACACCAGAGACCUGACGGAAAGUCGACAGUCACAUUUUAAGCACUCGCUAA